UGUAUGACUACAUCCAUGGGGACUCUGAAAAUGUCUGCUGUGGCUUUUGUUCUAGUGUUUGCUAUCAACUUUAAUGUGUGCUCAGGUGAAGGUGAUGAUUUCUAUAAACAUUAUGAUAUGUACAAUGACACAUAUGAAAUAAACACUGACGAACAUGAAUUCUUCUAUGACGAAAAGAUGUUUCUCAAGGAAGACUGUUUCAGAGAUGUAUCGACAGAAUAUUAUUUUUUACUUGAAAACAAAUUGAUCAAAGAUCUCCAACGGGGAUUGUGUGAUCAAUCAACUGACGGUGGAGGGUGGAUCUUCAUCCAGAGACGCUGGUACGGGGAUGUUAGUUUCGAAAAAAAAUGGAUUGAAUAUAAAAAUGGAUUUGGAAAUGUCAAAAAAGACUUUUGGAUUGGAAACGAUUUAAUUUCAAAACUUACUAGUGAGGGCUAUAAUGAACUAAGGAUUGACAUGGAGUACAAAAGAAAGUCGUACUACGCUGUGUACACAGGUUUUAAGGUAGAAAAUGAAACAGCAAAUUACAGGAUGACCUAUACGUCAUUCAGUGGUGGAAAUGUUAAAGACGACCUUAAAUUUCACAAUGGCUCGAUGUUUACAACCACAGACCGUGAUAACGAUGUUUUUCCGUCAGAAAACUGUGCUGUAAAAAUGACUGGUGGUUGGUGGUUUAGCUGGUGUCAUUAUGUUAACAUCAACGGCAAAUGGAAAAGUCAUCAAAGGAAUCAAGGUAUUAUAUGGGCUAGCGUUACAGGCAGGUAUGACUCUCUAGAAGAAGUUUCCAUGAAAGUUCGACAAAUGUGAAAAAAAGCAGAAAGUAAAUGAUAUGGUAAACUGAUAUGGAAACAAUUGUAUUUUUAUGUAACAUGGAACAGAUAAUUUUAGAAAAGGUUUAACAUUAAUGUUAACAUUUAAUCGAUAAUAGUAUUGAUUAUACUUUCAAUCAUAGUGAUAAGAUAAUU